GUUUCGUAUACAACAAAUUGACCCAAACAGAUCAUUAGGGUAUAAACUACUCUCACGCGAAGUCUUUUCACUUCAACCUUCUUUGUUGAAUUUGCGAGCAGAGGAAGGAAGGAAUCAAUCUGCAGAGACAGAGAGAGAGAGAGAGAGAGAGAGAGAGAGAGAGAGAGAGAGAGAGAGAGAGAGAGAAACAAUGUUGUUCUUCUCUUACUUCAAGGAUUUGGUGGGACAAGAAGUGACGGUUGAGCUGAAGAACGAUUUAGCAAUCAGAGGGACACUUCACUCGGUUGAUCAGUACCUCAACAUCAAGCUCGAGAACACUCGUGUUGUUGAUCAGGACAAGUACCCUCACAUGUUGUCGGUGAGAAACUGUUUCAUCAGAGGAUCAGUGGUGAGGUACGUGCAGUUGCCUCCUGAUGGAGUCGAUGUUGACUUACUUCACGAUGCUGCUAGAAGAGAGGCCAGAGGUGGAUGAUUCCGCCACAACCGUUGUAUCUCUCCAAACUUUUAAUCUGUUGAUCAACUAGACUCGAAACUUUUUUUCUUUUUCUUUUUCAUGUAAUGGCUUUGAUGUUGAAUGAAUCUAGUUCCAAUCUCUCUUUAUCAAAGGAUAUUCUGUUUUCUCU